AUGCCUGUGUGCCCGAUGUCCCUGGAGUUCCUCAAAGCCUCACACUUCGCUCUGGGCCCCGAUCCGCGGCUGCACGAUGGUACUAUGCAAUGCACGACGCACCGGGACUUCCCGGCCUAUUCCUCCGUCACCCCGGCGCGGCCCCCAGCUUCGCCACCGCACCCCAAGGUCUUGCAAAUGGAAGCGCAUUGGGCGGCCCAGAAGCGCGUGUCCGAGGUGCGCCGCGCGUUCUCGCCGCCUCCCGAGAUGCCGUCGCUGGAAGAGCGGCGGGAGCAGACAAUGGAGCGCGUGCGAGCCAUGCAGAUCAGCAACCUGCACGUGCACGCGGACCCGCGCACCGGUCUCAACCUGUCCACCGCACGUUCUGACUACCGCUGGCCUGAGCCGCACGCCCGUGAGGACAUCCGAGGCGCGCGCCUCAUCUUCGAUCGCGACUCGGUGCCCUUAGGCGACAGGGAGCAGCUCGGCAUUCCUCCCACCUCGUACCAGGCACACUACCCGCCAUUCGACGACGACACUCCUCAGCCCCGUGUGCCCAGCAGCCACCUGGGGGGCCCCAAUCCCCUGAAGUGGAACUACAAGGGAAAGGAAGGCACCUCCUACCAGAAUCAGUUCCAGGCCCUCCCAGGCCCACCUGCCUUGAUGUGUAAGAGGGCCUCCUCUAGUGUGAACCUAGGAGACAGCAAGGUUGGCUACAGCACCCUGUGCUCAUACGUGAAACAGACGUACACACCUCAGGAGCUGCCACCACACAGGUAUGACAAGGCCCAGACUGCAGCCCACAUCCACCGGGUGAGCAUUGGUCCUGGAGACGGCAUGUUCCAUGACAGGACCACCAUGAACGACCACUUCUAUCCCCGAAAGCCAGAGCCUUUUGUCCUUCACCAUGAUAAGACCCCAGAGUCGCACAUCCUGGAAGGAAACUGGUGCCCUGGCCCUGGCAGCCUUGCCACCUCCACAAAGUUCUUCUAUGGUGAGCCGCCUCCUGUGACUCAGCCUCCAACGCGACAUGUGUCCCAUGAGAAAUUGAAGCAUCACGUGAUCCUGGGAGAAGAAAAGCUGCUCCGAGACUUCUUCCAAACCUCCACGGGCUCCACCUACUGCCCUCCGGACACCAGCCCAAAACAGAGAGUCCGUAACUUUUCUUUCUUGCAGAGUAACUUGCCUGAGGGCACAGGUGAAUUAGACUUUUUAACCACGAACCAAAAGAUGAUGAAGCCGCAUGGAACAGUUCGAGCCACUAUCACCGAAGAAUUGUUACAGAAGUGCAAAUACAGCCACAUAGAGCCCCCUCUGGGUGGACAGCGCUUCUUCUCCACCCAUUUUCAAGACCAGUUUCCUUUCAAGUACCAGGGCCCGCUGGUACUGAAGCCAAGUAACAUUCAGGAGAGCCAUGUGCCACUGGGCACGCCCAAAAGCGUGGGCUGCUGGGGACAGAAAGUAGACCCUCUGAGCCCCCAACUCCCAUUGUAUCCUUGCCUGAGCCAGCAAUAA